UUCCAAACUACAAAUUAAAAAGUAGUGGACUCCAUUUACCAGUCUUCGGGAGAAGAAAAAAAAUUAGAGGACCUAAGCUUUGUUCAGUUCUUCCAUGCUUGUAGACGACCAAUGCCUCUGAUCCACUGCCACUCUCAUCUCUGAUACAUCCCAUUCAAAUCAUACAUCUUGUAAAUCCAAACCAAUAAUCAUUUGAUUUUUAGGACUUUUACUCUAAUGGGUUUGUUGGAAUCGGUGGUUUCCAUGAAUUGGGAUCAUGAAUCUUACCCAGAGAAUGAAGAUUUUCUGGUGCUCCCUUUAUUUGCCAUCUUCUUUCUCUUCAUUAGAUUCUUUCUUGACAGAUUCGUAUUUGAGAAAGUGGGCAAAAGAUUGAUUUUUGGAAAAGGGCAUGUGAUGCAGGAGACUGUAACAGAUGAGCAGAGAAAGAAAAUAAGGAAAUUCAAGGAAUCAGCAUGGAAAUGUAUUUAUUACCUUUCUGCAGAGUUAUUUGCACUUGCUGUGACUUACAAUGAGCCAUGGUUCACAAAGACAAGAUACUUUUGGGUAGGGCCUGGGGAUCAGGCCUGGCCUGACCAGAAGUACAAGUCAAAAUUGAAGGCACUUUAUAUGUAUACUGGUGGAUUUUACACAUAUUCAAUCUUUGCCCUCAUUUUUUGGGAAACAAGGCGCUCAGACUUUGGGGUUUCAAUGGGUCAUCAUAUUGCCACUGCCAUUCUUAUAGGGUUAUCCUACAUAUGCAGGUUUGCUCGAGUUGGUUCAGUUGUUUUAGCCCUUCAUGAUGCUAGUGAUAUUUUUCUGGAAAUUGGAAAGAUGUCCAAGUACAGUGGUGCAGAAGCUCUUGCCAGCUUUUCAUUUGUCAUUUUUGUUUUGUCUUGGAUAGUACUUCGUCUUACUUACUUCCCUUUCUGGGUCCUUUGGAGCACAAGUUAUGAAGUUAUCCAGACAUUGAAUAAAGAGAAACACCAAUUUGAAGGACCAAUUUACUACUAUAUAUUCAAUUCACUUCUGUUUUGCUUGCUCGUUCUUCACAUUUACUGGUGGGUACUCAUGUAUCGGAUGCUUGUUAAACAAAUCAAAGCACGGGGCCAACUCAGUGAAGAUGUUCGAUCUGAUUCUGAAGGGGAAGAUGAGCAUGAAGAUUGAUCAUGCCAGUGUUUCAUCACUCUUUGGAUCUCAGGUAGGUGGUUAAUGAUUUGUAAGCAGGAACGGAAAUGCCCCAAGCUGAUUCUUAAGGGAGUUCUCGAAACUUAAUUGCCAAGGGAGGACUCGCCUACAAUGUUUACUAUUUCUCUUUUGAUUUUAGUUCCAUGAGAACUCCUGCUGUCCACCAUCCCCUAAUUCUUGUUGUAAAACUACUCUCUUCUAGGCAUGGUUUCAAGAAUUCAGAAAUAGAAAUUUUUUGGCUUACUUUUCUUUGAGAUGGCUGCAACCAAACUUUACAUGGAUUUGAUAUUCAAGUGAGACACUUUGUGAUUAGGAAUUGCCCUUAAAAUUGAAGGAAUUUUGCA